AUGGAAUGUACGAUAGGGGGAAAUCAAGCUUCUAGGAUCGAGGUUUGUGUCAAAUUAUCUUCUUUACUAUGGAUAUUAGCUCGUUAACCGCUAAGAAUGACUAGCACCUAAUUUCUCCUUUCAAUAUCACCUUGCAUACUUAUCUUAGGUCUGUUAAGGUUUGUUAUUCAAACUUUGUCUUGACGACCAUGAGGCGUUUGUACAUGACGAAGAAAAGCGGAACAAUUUUGAAGUUCGUCAGGUCUUCGCGAGUUUACGUCUAGUCUGAGACCGAAUUAGAACCGACGGGAUAGAAAACUGGAUUGGAUGAUACUGUAAGAAAGCCGAAAUAUCCUGAAAACAAACAAUAGUCGAAUGAAAACGCAGGAUAGGAUGGAAUGAACUGUAAGCAAAAUUGAUUCAAAAACUGUCCUUAGAAACCGAAAGUGGGACUGAUUGCAAGUAAUCCAUAUGAGACUGAAUUAAUUGAAAGAAGUGCAUUUUCAAAUAGGCGUUGACUCAGUCAAAUAUUGAUUUUCAUAAUAUCUGAUUCACUGUCUGCCAGUUUAUGAAUUGCUGCCCCUCAGUAGUUGUUUUCAAGACUCUUGAAAACUCUUGUCAGUGUGUUAAUGCCAUUAAUUUGUGAACCUGUAUUUCCUGGUAUUUCUUUGCAGGCCUUCUUAUCGCUCGCAUGGUUUGCCGAUUCACAAUAUCAAAAGAAAGUAGAUUUUAUGAGUUCGAGUGUUUACGAAGACAAAGAAGCGCUGAUGAAGAAGGCAAAGGUUAGAAAAAAAUACUAAUAAAAUACACAAGAAAUUUUGCCUAAAAGUCGCCCGCUUAGGGUGAAAGUCGGUGUCGGGGUAAUCCUGGAUAGAUCUGUGGUCCUGCAGUGGCCUAAAAGUGGUCAAACCCAAUCAAUUUACGAAAACAAAAAUUAAUUCCUCAAAAAAAAACUGAAAUUCCCAAAAUAAAAUUCAAUUUACUGAAACACAAAAAAUUUCGCAAAACACAAACCACUUUCCUACAACAGAAUCUGUUCGUAAGGGCCAUAAAUAUCAUAGAGUCUGGACUUUCCACUCCAACAUGGUUUUGCUUGGUGACGUGCACGUCACGUACUGUGGUUUGUAGUUUUCGGUGGAAAUGAGUGACGUGUGGACAACGAUAUGAAAAGCAGACAUUGUCAGCGACAACUUUUUAGGGACAAACCUUAUCCAAAACAUCCAAGUCACCAUAACAUCUCUCGGUCGACUAUUAUUUCUUGGGUCGCAAGGGACAGUUUCCUAUUAAUGGUUAAGCGUUCUGGAGGUUGAACCAGGGCAACUAUGAAUGAUUGGAUUCGUUUUCUUAUGAGUGAUUGAAGCCUAUAACUGAAAGAAAGAGCAAAAAGGACAUACAUUUAGGCUCAAUUGUUACCAGAAUUCGAACGGUUAACUCAUAGAUAACUCAAAAUUAAUUUGAGUUAAUUAAAGCCAAAGGUGUUAAAGGUGUUAAUUAAAGCAAAUGAAUAAAGGGGGUAAGUUUCUAAAGAAAUUGUGGUGCUGCGUCGGUGAGAGAGUAUAACAGAGUGUUUCGUAUUAACAACCUCGAGCGUUAGCCCUUCUUCUAUCGCUCUGACGAAGGGCUAACGCUCGAAACGUCAGCUUUUAAACUCCUUACGGUGGCCAAUUUACGUUAUCAACUCAGUUGAUAGUGCUAAAUUACCCUCUUAAUUAGAAUGCAUUUCAUCUUUUGCUGAAAGGUGGAGUCGGAAAAGUUACAGCGUAUGUGUGACUCUGGUAGAGACAGGUAUACAAGAACACUGAACUUGCAGGCUCAGAUGGAUGAGAAGGAACUACAGCAGGUAGUUAGGGACAGGCACGUGUUCCUCCGGACGGCUGUGGAAAACUACAUCAAAACAUUACUAACGGGGGUAGGUUAUAAACUGACUGAAGAGUCUCCUAACAGUUGCGUGUGAGGUUGUAAUCCUUUCCUUCGCCUUUUGAACACCUGCAGCGUCUCAGAAAACAAUCCAAGGAAAAUGCAGGUUUAAGAUCCAACCUCAUGCAUGCACCGAAGUUGUAGUAUUUUUAUUGUCCUAUAUUUUGAUACUUUAAUUUGAUUUUUCUCCUUUUUUGUAGGACAAGUAUGAUAUGAGAGUGUUUAGACUAUGUUCUCUGUGGUUUGACAAUGCAAAGGAAGAGUUCGUCUCCGAAAUGAUCAAGGUAUGUCAACAAGCAUAACACAACAAAAAAAUUAUUUUUAUGCCAUUCUAUUCUGGCAAAAAUUAUAAUCAUGUAGUAACUUACACACAGUCGCCGGGUGGUUAGUGCGUCGGAGCAGUAAAUCCUCUUUCCUGUGUUACAUGCAUUAUUUGUUCUUUGGCGAGACACAAAUGAAGAAAUGUCUGUUGAAAUAUGGACCUGGGUAUUUUUUUUUGGACUAACCCCAUCCUAGGGCUAGCAGUAUCUCUAAGGGUCGGUCAUUUACACGAGGUCUAACCCAAACUGCCGUUUUACGCGAGUAGUGGGCCUCAGGUAUUCUCUCUAAGAGGGUUGAUUUAAUUAAAUAAAUAUUAUUUCCACUGUCAGCUUAGGCCCUCUUGACACUGUUCGCAAAAAUACUUGUUCAAAUAAAAGGUUCGGCUAAAUUUAAGAUAGUUAAGAACGCCGUUUGUCAAAUAACGGCUAAACUUUGCUUAAAAUACCUGCCCCCUAAGUGUCUAUUAGAUAUUUUUUUGCCUGCAUGCAAACGUUGGGUAAUCAGUGGGAAGAAUCCGUCCAAUCAGAGUCGAUUCGAAUCACACUUUUGCACCUGAUUGCCAGAAAGUAAUGAGUUCAUGCCUUUGGUUCCCGUUUGAACAGGGAUAAUCUUUAUUCUGUUUUAGAAAGAGCUGACAAAGAUUCAGUCCCGCAAGUUUCUCCCUUUGAUGUACCAAUUGGCAGCCAGGCUUGGGACAAAAUCACAUGACAACCGAUUGUUCCAGCGCACUCUUAACGAGGUAUGUCUAGCUUUUGUACCUCGUUAACAGAAUCCUCACUCAAACAUGUCGCUAGUUGAAACGAUUAAACGAUGUUUUAUUUUUUUUCCUCAGCUCAUUGAGCGAGCGGCAGUGGAUCACCCGCACCACACCCUGUUCAUCUUGCUCGCGCUCGCAAACGCUGAGAAAGAUGAGAAGUACAUACAUACAGGAAAGAGGAACGGUACCUCUAGGCUGGCCAAGAAUCAUUCUAAAAGAACGAAAGGCUUCACCGAAGUGAGUUAUUUGCGUUCAUUCUUUAGCAUCUUGUGGAAUGCUCUUGUCUUAGCACUUAUAAACGGAUGGUAUAAAAAAAAGAUUUGUGAUCCACACGAGGGAAAAUACCCCAUAGCUUUUGGUUGGCGUUAGUGUCUCAAAUAAAACUCCUAAUGAUUGCUAUUUGUGGGAUGUUUUUUCAGUGUUAUUGUAUUCACGGCUUCUUUUCCUCAGGCUCGUACUCAAACAGCUUGCACUUUGAUAGAGAAGAUUGGUAAACACAGAGGAGAACUUGUCAAAAAUAUGCAAUUGUUGUGUGAAGCUUACAUUGAACUGGCUUACGUGAAUGUCAUGCAGUUGAAGAAUGAGAGAGGUACAAUAAGACCCGCGGGUAUUGAGCAGCCAAUUGCUCUCUACAUUAUGUAUUUGUUCCAUGUGAAAUUCAAAUUGAAUAACUAUGACGGUAACUACUUUCUUCUCUCAAGCCCCGCUCUAUGGCAAAUGUUUCCUCUUCAUUUUAAUCUUUUUUCCAAACCGCUAACUCCAACUAAGUAUUAGUCAAAUCUCUGGAGGAAAACUAAAGCCGCAGGAAAGAACUUCCAUCCAGUGGAGGUAAACCAAGCUGAAACUUUUUUUUUGGCGUCCGAUUCCAAAAGAUAUGUAUAUUUAAGAUGAAGAAGUGAUGCCGGAAUUCAGGAGAGUUUACUUUGAGCGAUUUCGUAGCAUUGCCGGGCAGAUCUUGUUACUUUUACUAUUUUGUUUCAUUGUUGCCUUUUAGGUCCCUUUAACCUACCAGAAGUCACGAUAAAAAGAAUCGUAAACCUCAAAGAAGUUCCAGUUCCCACUAUGGAAGUAAAAGUAGGAAUAAAAUUGAAAAAGAGACUCUUAAUUGUUAAACAACUUCUCCUUGUCAGCGCCCUUAGAAAUGUAUAUAGGACAGUAUGGAGAAUCUGCUUACUAAUAUUAGGGUGUUAAGGGUUAUGGAAGAUGUUUUCUUCGCUAUGUCUCCUUUGCUUUCCAGGUGGAUCCAUUGUGCCGUUAUGAUGACCUUGUUUAUGUGGCUGGAUUUGACUCUAAGUUCUGUCUGGCUGGAGGAGUCAAUCUUCCCAAGAUCAUCUUUUGUGUUGGAUCUGAUGGAGUGAAAAGGAGGCAGCUGGUGAAGGUAUGAUGGGUAAGAUUCUGGGUUGGUAGCAUGUCAGCCAAUCACAGCAAAAGGUUACAACACUUAUAUGUUUAACAAAAAACAAAUUACAAGUAACAAGCGCGUAAAAUACGUGGUAAGCUAGAAAUUAUGAUAUGCUUAACUUCGCUAUCUGGUGGGAUCUGUACGCAAAACAGAGCCGUAAUACAUUUUUUUCUUUUGUUUAUCUUAUGAAGUCACUCCGGCCUAAAGGUGCAAACUUGAGUUAAGGUGUAUUGGAGCCACACUUAAGUUUUUUUUCUUUUGUUUUGUUUUUUCGUUUUUGUUUUUUUGGAGUGUAGGGCAGAGAUGACUUACGUCAAGAUGCUGUCAUGGAACAGGUGUUUGGUAUGGUCAAUCAACUAUUGAUAAAGAAUUCUGAGACAAGGAAACGGAAAUUGAAGAUGAGAACUUAUAAGGUAAGUCACUCAAGGUCCUCACCAUUUCUUGGAAUUGUGUGAACAUUCCAUAUGUUCUGUUAAAUAUAUAGGGUCCGGUCAUCUUUCCAUUCGUUAUGAGUACUGGUAAGAAGCGAUUCAGAAAACGUCUUGACUCCCUCUCCGAUUUCAUUUUUGACAGCUGAAUAGAGCACCUUUUGCAGGACACUUUUAUUAGUGAUUUCCUAUUCCGGUCAAGACUAUGGCAUGUUGAGCCUUGUUUGGCUGGCCCUAACUCUGGCAGUACAUAGCAAACAACCUCCGCUGCACAACAUAGCGGUAGAAACACACCAUUCUAUUCGUUGCUUUUGAAAAACUUGCUCACCUCCUUCCAGUAGCACGUGUACCACAUUAUUUCUCUUCAAUCAUUUUUAAAAUAUUGCUUUUCUAAGGUCUCGUUCCCUCAUCAGGUUAUCCCACUAUCGCAGCGCAGUGGAAUAGUGGAAUGGUGCGAGGACACAGUCCCCUUGGGAGAAUAUUUGAUUGGGCGGCCUGGAACCAAGACUGGUGCUCACCCGCGGUACUAUCCCGGGGACUGGACAUCUCUUGAGUGUAGAAAAAAAGUCCAGGUAAAGCGGCAAACAUAACCGAUUGUCCUUGUAGUUCAGACUAAUUUUUAAACCGCAAUAAUGGGUAGGUUCAUGCUUGUGAUAAAAUAAAGAAGGCAACUUUAAUGCCUGUUAUUGUCAUUCUUUUAGGCUGGAGACAACAGUGGAAAAUCACGAGAUGAAGUUUACCAGGUAAUCUCCAUUUUUGCAUAGACUAUAGAAACAAAACCACCUCUUGACUUUUGACAGGAAUGGUAAAUUUAUGAUUUGGUGUAGAGUUGGAACGUUAUUCCACACUUAUAGAGACAGGGAUUGCUCUAAACGUUUUCUUCGACAAAUCUCCUUAAGCAAAGGAGGAAACAAUAUGAUCCUAUUGUUCAAAACUGACCUUAGUUUAAGGACACUCUUCAAGUACUGGCGGCAUUUGCCUGCCAGUGUAGAUGACUCAAACAGAACACUUGAAAAGGAGAUUGUAAAGGGUAUAAGAUAAAACUCCACUGAAGGAAUUUGUUUUUCUGACAAGACGAGAGGGACGGUAUUUCUUUGCUUAAGUAAAGCUGAAUAGGUGAAAGUACGGCUACGCUAGAAAGCGGAUAGAAAUUGCGCUUGCGCAACCGCCUUCAUAUUUAGCUCGGUCAGCUUUCAAUCAGUUGUUACAUCCCACAGGAACUGAUGGAUCAUUUUCAUCCAGUAUUCCGUCACUUCUUUCUGGAGAGGUUCCCGGACCCCGCUGUUUGGUUUGAGAGGAGACUGAGCUACACUCGCGGAGUGGCUACGUCAUCCAUUGGUAAAAUAUAUUACUUGCGCAGCACUUUGUAAACAGAGAAGCGCGUUUUCUUGGAAUAGAAAAACACGUAACAAAAAAUCUUAGGAUCAAUCCUUGGGUGGUAUUUAAGAGGCAUAAUCUCAAGUAUGGGCCUGCUGUGGUAAUUUAUGACUUUGCCUUUAACCACGAAGAGAUAGAGCGCUCUGAUACGAUGGAAACUAUCAAAACCUUAAUUUGUCCUAUGGAUGUUGAGAAGUCCAAGAAGCGAAAUAGUACCACUGUGGUGGUAACCUUUAAAGUAAUAUCAUUCAACUGCCAACUGUCAGCCUUCAUCAGAAGAUCUAGUGGUUUUGAGGUACUUUCUCCCGAGCCAUGUAAUAAUUUGACUUCCCCAAAUGAUCAAUGUGUUAGUUCUCCCGAACUAAGGUGAAACGAAAGAUUAUUGUUUUUAGACACGACUUUGUCAGAUUAAGAUGAAGUACAUCACCUCCCCAUACCUUAGCAUAUACACACAGCUACGUCCUUUAAAUGUUCCUUCCUUUUUUUUUUCCUCCAGUUGGUUACGUGGUCGGGCUAGGUGACCGUCACGUACAGAAUAUUCUCGUUGACUGCAACACAGCAGAACUCGUCCACAUCGAUCUUGGUAAGACAACAACUGUGUCUUCUAUGCUUACACCAGGAAACAACAAGUCUUCCCCCACCUACUCCUUGCCAAAUCUACAACUAUUCUAGAUCCAGCCUCAAAUUAGUAGAAUAAAUUAAAGAAAGUAUGCGUGAAAUUAAAUUACGUACACACAUAUUGUUGUUUAAGAAAAACGUAACCUUUCUGGUGCACGUAUCAUUAUUUUGACCGUAGACUAAUUUUCUCCUUGCAGUGACAAUUUUUUGUAAUUAUUAAAAGUUUACCGCGCGACUUUUUUUUAUUGAGGUCACUUCCCCAAAACCGAUCAAUCUGAUUACAAGACUGAUCCAACAGUAAAUUACAUUUGGAUCUUAAGUGUCUUGGCUUUCUUUAGUCCUUAGCACAUGUGAGCACAAUUGAAUUUAGUUGAGGUUAUUGUUAGUUUUACACAUCAUAAUUGGUUAAUGUUAUUAAAGUGAUCCCAGUAGUGGUACUGAAAAACAGAGCAAACAUAGCAUAUGGGAGUCAGAUUUUUCAAAAAAAAGAGUUGCGUGUUUUCGCUAUUUUCGUUCAUAUAAAUGAUUACGUUUCCAAGGGACUCUGGUUCACUGUAGCGCUUGCGCAUUCCUUCAGAGUUUGUUUGCCUGGCGAAGUUUCUUUAUUUUAGAAUUAAUUUGAUUUAUUGAAGCAGUUGUACUCAUGAUUUUUCGUCGUGUUUAUCGCUUUCUCGCAGGUGUGGCCUUCGAGCAAGGCAAAUUUCUCCCAACCCCAGAGACUGUACCGUUUCGCUUGACACGUGACAUGGUGGAUGGGAUGGGACUGACAGGGGUGGAGGGAGUGUACCGUCGCUGUUGUGAAAAGACAAUGGAAGUUAUGAGAACGUCACAAGAGUCUCUUAUGACAGUUGUAGAGGUGUGCUGUGCUAAUAAGAGAAGUGUUUCAUUUAUUAAAGUGUUUCUUUAUUAAAAGGUCUUUCAACGAGCAAAGACGACCUACUCCGGUUAGCGCUUGGCAUUUGAUACAAAAGGGCCUCUCCCUUCUCCUUGCUUGCACGCAUGCGCGCCUGCACUUUUGUAUUCUCUUUGAGAAGAGCAGAAAAAGGUCAUCGGGGUUCAGUUAUUCCCCUUACAAUGACCUCAACCUGCAAGGUUGGGUCCUCGCUAUUCUGUGGCGAAUGGCAAAUCGCCUCCCUGACCUGUUCUAACCAGCAAACUCAGUAAUCAGACGUUAGAAUAUUUAGUGAACUUGGUUAUCGAAAAAGACAGUGAUUUGGGGGUUGUCUUUUAGCUGACAAAUCUCGAAAUUUGGCAAUGAUUGUCAAAUAAUUAUCAUUAUUGUCAUUGAGGUCGUAGAAUGGUAGUUACUUGAUAAUUUGACACUUACACAGCGUUUGAAAUCGUCAAUUUCUCUCUCGCCAGGUUUUGCUUUACGACCCUUUAUCAUCAUGGACGCUCAGCCCUGAAAAGAGAAAAGCCCUUCAGCAAAAGGCAGAGGAAGACGACCAGUUCCCAGUCAGUGUCACUGGUGACUGCUUGGACGCAACAAUAGGCCAAGAGAACAUCGCUGCCGAGGAUAAUGUGAACAAAAUGGCAAAGAGAGUGCUGUUACGACUCAAGCAGAAACUGGAUGGUGUCGAAGAUGGGGUGCACUUGAGUGUAUCAGGGCAAGUUAAUCACCUGAUAAGGGUAGCCAUGGAUCCUAAGAAUUUAUGUCGUCUGUUUUCAGGCUGGCAGCCGUGGGUUUAG